AUGAAGUUAUGGGAUGUUGUGGCUGUCUGCGUGGUGCUGCUCAACACGGUCUCCACCUCACCCCUGCCCACCGGUAAGACGCCUCCCAAGGGGCCCCCUUCAGUGGUAGAGGGGCCUGAAGACGAUCUCUCCCCCAUCAGCCUGCCGCCUCCCUAUGCUGUGCACAGUGACUCUAAUAUGCCAGAGGAUUAUCCAGAUCAGUUUGAUGAGGUAGUGGACUUUAUUCAAGCCACUAUUAAAAGACUGAGGAGGUCACCAGAUAAACAAACUCCGAUUUUUUCUAGGCGGGAGAGAAAUCGGCAAAAAGCAGCCACAAACGUAGAGAUUUCCAGCAAAAGGGAAAGGAGCCAAAGGGGUCAAAGGGGCAAAAAUCGAGGAUGUGUCUUAACAGAAAUACAUUUAAACGUGACUGACUUGGAUUUGGGAUAUGAAACCAAAGAAGAGCUAAUUUUCCGGUAUUGCAGUGGAUCUUGUGAUGCAGCCGAGACCACGUACGACAAAAUUUUAAAAAAUUUAACCAGAAAGAAAAAGCUAGUCAAUGACAAAGUGAGGCAAGCUUGUUGCAGACCCACAGCCUUUGAUGAUGACCUGUCAUUUUUGGACGAUAACUUGGUUUACCAUAUACUGAAAAAACAUUCCGCAAAAAGGUGUGGAUGUCCCAAGGAAACAUCUGCUCAGAACGGAGAAAAGAGGACCAAGGACGCAGAACAAGUGGUCAUGGGAGCCCAGUUGGGCAUGAGGCAACGUAGAAAAACGGAGGCUCUUUAA